GGAGAAAUCUGUUGACCAUCAUGAUCCUCCUGACUCCCACAUCUGAUGAAGAGUCGCUUGAAAUCAACUGGCUUUGGAGUCACAUCAAGUUCAGGUUACAAAACACAAUAGCAGGAACCCUUCCUUAAAGGUGGAGUGUGUACUUUUUAAUAUUUAAGAAUACUCCCAGUUUAAUAUGCAGAGACAGCUAUAAGUAAAGUAUUCACUGGUUGAGUCCCCCUAAAAGUGUAAACACUCUGGUUUUAUGGCACUAUCAAAACAUCGCUCUGUUGGUUUGAGCAGCCUAGCAUAGCAACAUUGGCACAAUGAAUAGUGUGGGUUUGGGGCGGGCAGAGCUAUCUGUUUUGCUGACAAGUGACAAACGGGGGGUGUUCGAUCACUAAUGACACAAAUUACAUACUUCACCUUUAAACCUUUUUGAUGUCUUUGUAAAUGUUAGGCUUUUUUUUUGUAUUACUGAACUUAAAAGUUUACACUUAAUGACACGUGCAUGUGUUCUUGCAUGCUUCUCUCACCUAGAAAAGCAGCACAUGCCAAAGAAAAAUACAUGGAUUGUCAUGCAUAGACAUUUGAGUGUUUUUUGUCAUAAUACACUAUAUGGACAAAAGUAUUGGGAUACACCUCUUAAUUACUGAAUUCAGGUGUUUCAUUCAGACUCAUUGCCGAAAGUGUAUAAAAUCAAGCACCUAGCCAUGCAGUCUGCAUUUAGAAACCUUUGUGAAAAAAAUGGGUCGUUCUGAAGAGCUCAGUGAUUUCAAGUGUGAUACUGUGAUAGGAUGCCACUUUUGAAACAAGUCAGUUCAUGACAUUUUAUCCCUGCUAGAUAUCCCACAAUCAGCUGUAAGUGGUGUUAUUGGAAAGUGUAAGCGUUUAGGAACAGCAGCAACUCAGCCAUGAAGCAGAAUACCACAUAAAGUCACAGAACAGUGUGAUGAGUGAUGAGGCGCAUAGUGAGUAAAAGUCACCAAACACUCUGCUGAAUGAAUCCAUAGCUAAAGAGAUCCGAACUUCCAUUGGCAUUAAUAUCACCAUGAAAACUGUGCAGUGGGAACUUCAUAGAAUGGGUUUCCAUGAAUGAGCAACUGCAUGCAAGCCUCACAUCACCGUGUACAAUGCCAAGCGUCAAAUGGAGUAGUGUAAAGCAUGCAGCUACUGGACUCUGGAGCAGUGGAAACGUGUUCUGUGGAGUGACGAAUCAUGCUUCUCUGUUUGGCAGCCUGAUGUGUGAGUCUGGGUUUGGAGGAUGCCAGAAGAAUGCAACCUGCCCGACUGCAUUUUGCCAACUGUAAAGUUUGGGAGGAGGAGGGAUAAUGGUAUGGGUCUGAUUUUCAGGGGUUGGGCUAGGCCGCUUACUUCCACUGAAGGGAAGUUUUAAUGCUUCAGCAUACCAAGACAUUUUUAGACCUUUUCUAUUCCAGCAUGACUGUACACCAUAAAGAGAUGAUUAAAUGAGUUUGGUGCAGAAGAACUUGACUGGCCUGCACAGAGCCCUGACCUCAACCCCAUUGAACAACUUUAGGAUGUACUGGAAUGGAGAUUGUGAGCUAAGUCUUUUCGUCCAACAUCAGUGUCUGACCUCACAAAUGCUCUACUGGAUGAAUGAGCAAGAAUUCCCACAGAAACACUCCAAAAUCUUAUGGAAAGCCUUCCCAGAAGAGUGGAAGCCAUUAUAUCUGCAAAGGGGGGACCAACUCCGUAUUAAUGUCUGUGUAUUUGGAUGUUUGUAUCAUAUGUUUGUAUUUAGGUCAGGUGUCUCAAUACUUUUGUCCAUAAAGUGUAUCUGCUAAUGGGGGAUUUGAUUCUCUACUAACAUCUCAAUAAAGAUAUUUCAAAUACAUACUGCAUAAUGAAUAAAAUGUGACCCAUGACUAUGUGAAUUUCUCUAGCAAAACACACAUUCAACCACUUGAGAUGUUCAUUUAGAAUUUAUGCCCACUGAUUUGCUCCAACACAAAGACCUCUUUGUGUGACUUCAUUGAAAAUCACUGCAGUGUUCCAGUGGCAAAACAGUCUUGGCCACACAUAAAGAAAAGCACUCGAAUUUUAACAAGUCUUUCUUGCUUAUUUUACCUGUUUUGAGAAUAUUUACUGUUAAUAUUAUUUUCAUUUUGUAGCACAAUGUAAUCUGAAUGUACACAUUUUGCUAUCUUCUGUAUAGUAUAGCAUUCUCAGUAGCUCUUCUAGGUGAAAUUGCUGUAACAGUGCUUGGAUUCAGUAAAAACUGGCAAUUUAAAUGGUUGAUUAGUGAAUGAUUUAUGAGAAUGCUUCUUCAGGAUAUGAAUCUGCAGUGCACUGCAUGAUUGCCAGUUGUCGUGGGUGUGAGUAAGCAUAACUUCUUGUACAAAGACAGACAUCUCAUUGUAAAAAUGGUGAUGUCAGCCAUUUUUAAUAACCCCUCAAUCAAAUGUUUGUCAAAGCAGAACCAAAUUCUCUUAGUGUAAGGUAUUGAUGCUUUAACCAUCACUAGGGGUUUCUAGGUGUCUUUUAGGCAUUGUUCACACUGGCAGCCCAAAUGUUUUUUUUUUUUUUUUAGCCCAAAUGCCAUGAUGUACAUAAGCAAAAAGCUAAUUUCCAGCUCUCUCCCUACAUCUAGUUUGCUGCAUCUGGUUGGGAAAAUGACCGAUUGAAUGAAAUCUGUUGCUUAGACAGUUUUUCUUAAAUAUUGGGCUUGAACAACAAAUGUCUGCAGUGUGAACAUAACCUUUUUCUAGAGCUUUAGUUUGUCAGAUUAGAGGGCUGAUGACUUUAGAUCAAUGUGAUGUUUAAAUUGUAAAUGAGUCAUAACUUCAGUAAUGUUCUCUCACAAAAAUGUGUCAUUUGAUGUGGUAAUAGUGCCUUGUGGUUUUGGUGUACAGAGGGAUGAGCGGACAUUUGUAAUCACAUUGUUUGAUCAUAUCUAAUAAGUGAGCAAGAGUUGCAUUCUAUUGCCUUUUUCCAGGACGCUAACAAACUGCUCCUAAACGAACAAGCUAACUGGGUGCAUCUAAAGGAGUUUGCCCGUAAAAAUGCUGCCAACGCUCUUUCUGUUGCCAACAUGCUCAUGGGCAUGGCCUCAAUCCUCUGCAGUCUCAAUGGCCAUCAUCAUGCCGCGUGCUGGCUGGUUCUGAUCGGUUAUCUGCUGGAUUUGGCAGAUGGAGCGGUUGCUAGGCAACUAAAUGCGUGUUCUGCACUGGGUGCAAAGUUGGAUGAUUUUGCUGAUUUUACAACAUUUGGAAUAGCAACAUCUCUUAUCUUAAGAACACCUGGUCUUUUGGAUAACAUCCUGUGCAUGUUGUAUGUGCUGUCUGUUUAUACUCGUCUCUGCUUCUUCUCUAGCGGAAUCCCAUUCAUGUACCGUGGCCUACCAUGCAUCUACUCCUCUGCCAUCCUGGUGUGUGUUUCUCUGCUGACUGGAGGAAAUAUGGCAGUACUGAGAAUCCUAGCAGUGGCCAUGAUUCUCUUCAUGGUCAGUCAGAACUUCUACCCACAUGACAGAGUACUGGAGUCUCAGGCUUGGAAGAAGGUGGUCUACAUCGGAGGAGUUGCCAUGGUGUUUUGCUCCUCCUUCCCUCCAGCAUGCGUUUAUUACUUGUUAUGGUCAGUUUCCUACAUACUCUUUCCAACAACCCUGUGGAGCAGCAAAGUGUAAAGGGGUAAAGGCCUAUGAGGCUCACACGUAACAGAAUCCCCUUCUCCUUCCUGCAAAGGGAAAACAAACCAAUUUAGAAACUUGGAAAACUAUUUUUAAAUCAUUUUUGUUUUGAGGUGAACUUCAUGAAAUCAACAUGAUCUAAGGAGGCUUACGGCCAUCUUGAUUGCUGCUGUUGUUUCAUCGCUACGGAUGAGAAAUGCUCUUUACCUCUGCUUCAUACGUAUUUUCAUGUUUGAAUGGCAUGUUGACAGAUAUAUUAGGUGGUCUCGCGUACAGUAAGUGUGGUGUUUGUUGCACAGUUCUGCCUAAAUGAAUCAAAUCUGAAAAGGCAAGAAGCAAACUUGAGAUUGUCAAAUUUGCUGUGGCAUUUAUACUUGUAGAAUUACUGCUUUUUGGUUGUUUAAGAGACCGAAAGAUCCGAAACAACUCAGCUCUCAAUCAUAAUCAAAAUGUCUGCUUAAUUAUUAAAAAAGAAAAUGUCCAUAAGGGAAUUUUAUGCAUAUGAUCUGUGUAAUUUCAUGUAAAAACACUACAGUAUGAUUGAGAUAGUGGCUAUCAUCAUAUACUGUAAUUUAUCUAUUGC